GCCAGUCUCUGUUUCUACCCGGACAUAUUUUCCUGACACACCGCCAACAUGGAGUCGACGCGCGUCCUGGAGUUUCUGACCGAGGUGGAGGAGGCGGCUGAAGACGUUUUAACCAAUAAACAACAGAUAGUCGACCUGGACCUGAAGAGGAACAUGAACCGUGAAGCACUGAGCGCACUGCGAUCCACGGCCAAUUCAGAAAAGGUGAUGGUUUGCUUCGGAAACAUGUUCAUCAAACUUCCCAAAUCAAAGACUCAAGACAUGAUCCGAAAAGACCAGGAACAGCUUGACAAGGAGAUUAAUGACCUACGGAAAGAGCUGAAGGCCAAAGUCAACCACCUCAAUGUGAUACAAGGGAAACCUGAGCUGGCAGGUUACAACCUCUCCCCUCUCUCUGCGGACGAGGUCAAAGCCAUCAACCACCUGAUGAAGAGGUGACCUCCCCUGACUGAGAGAUCUCUACCCGAGGCUGCUGUGGAGAGUGUUCACUGGAGGAUGCUACGUGUCAAGACAGCGGUGGGCUUACAGAUGUGUGGAUACCUCUGGAUUGAUGUCCUAGAGAUUCACUCCCCUCUGUGCAUCGGGAAAAUGGACCCUUCCGUUCCUUAAUUUCAAGGGAAAUUUCAUCUUUGAAGUUGUUCUGCCCUCGCCUAGAUGAAGAGGGACUGGAAUUAUGUCAUGUCGUAGAGUAAAGUAAGAUCAGACACACAGGGCUGUUGUUCUGGUGUGUGACCACAAGGUGGCAGCAAACCCUCUUCUCACCGUGGGGAAGGUGCUCUGUACUAGUUGAUACCGUCUAUUUCGUUUACUAGUAAAGAACAUAUUCGCUCAUCACACAAUCA